CCAAUAAUGUGAUAAGGAGAAGUCAAAGAAGGAGGAGAGAAAAAUAAAGAGAAUGAGCAAUGAAAGUGGGAGUGAGAAACGAAGAACACGACAGACACAUUUGAGUCCAAGUCCAACGAUGUCGAGUGGUGGAAACCUGAGUUGCGUGUUGGUGUCCGUUGAUGGCAGCGAGGAAAGCAUGAACGCGCUGCGUUGGGCAUUCACCAACCUCAAGCUCCGAUCCCCUGCGCCCGAUUCCACCCAUCCUCCUUCUUUCGUCAUCUUCCACGUUCAAUCUCCGCCCUCCAUCGCCACCGGCCUCAAUCCCGGUGCUAUCCCCUUCGGUGGCCCCAGUGACAUCGAAGUUCCUGCUUUCACUGCCGCCAUCGAAGCGCACCAGAAACGCAUCACCAACGCAGUAAUCAAUCAUGCCUUGGAAAUAUGCUCCGAAUUCAACGUCACCAGUAAGGUCAGAUCCCAUGUCGUUGUUGGAGAUCCAAAGGAGAAGAUUUGUGAAGCCGUGCAGGAUUUGCAUGCUGAUGUGCUUGUGAUGGGGUGUCGUUCAUUUGGCCCCAUUAAAAGGAUGUUCCUGGGAAGUGUUAGCAAUUACUGUGCCCACAAUGCUCCUUGCCCAGUCAUUAUUAUCAAGGGAAAUGACUGUGUCGUUAAGAAAAAUUGAUGCACUUCUACUAUGCUAUCAUGACUCUUGAUCAGUAGGUUCUUUAGAUGGGUUGCCAGUGCCACAUUUCAGUUGCUGAUGCCGCAUCCUUGGUUGCCAAAUUAAUCAAGUCAAAGGCUUUAUCGUCUUGGGAUUUGCUUGCUUUGCUAGACCAGUGUUGUACCUCAGAUUUGAAGCUUAAGUCUUUUUGUUGUGUAAAUUGCUGGCCAGAUCCUGCUACAAGUGCUGCUGCUGUGCGUGUGAAAUUGUUGCCGUUAAGUGCUUUACAACUGUGCUAUUACAACUUCAAUUGUUGUCCCAAAUGGUUCAAAGAGAUAUUUGACUCCAGAAGGUUUGUAUUCGUGUUGAAUUUAUACAAUGUUGUACACAAAUGUCUCCUUACUACUGCCCCUUGGUCAGAGCCAGUUCUAAUUGUGAUAUGCGAUAAAUUGGCCAUUUGUCAUGUACAAGUUUUCAAAUUGAGAAUGCAGCUAGUGUUGGCGGCAGCCUGCAGUGUGCCUUGCAUUAUCGACAGUGGUGAAGAUUUUUCACUU